GGAAAGUUUUCCCUCUCUCACACUCACACACACACACACACACACUCAAAGGAAGGCGAGGCACAGACCUGGAGGCUUUUGUUGCUGCACUUUUGAGAAGUUUUGAGACUUUUUUUCUUUGACGUCGAUAUGGUGACUACUGAACCCCACCAGAGCCAGGACCUGAUGGUCCCCCAUGAGAACCAGAACCAGGAGGAGCAGGCCUCGCCCUCCUCUGCGGUCUUCGACCUGGAGAAGUUCAGUCAGGGUCCGGUCAACGCCAUCACCGUCCUGACUCUGCUCGAUAAACUGGUCAACAUGCUGGACGCCGUGCAGGAGAACCAGCACAAGAUGGAGCUGCACCAGGUGGAGAUGGAGGGCGUGGUCAAAGGUAUCCAGGCAGAUAUGACCAAACUGGCUAAGAGUCACACUCACACCUCCAACACCGUCAGCAAGCUGCUGGACAAGAGCCGCAAGCUGUCUGUCACCAUGAAGGAGGUUCGUGAAAGAAUGGAGCGCCAGGGUGCUCAGGUGAAGAAGCUGGAGGCCAACCAUGCCCACCUGAUCAGCAGAAACAACUUCAAAGUGCUCAUCUUCCAGGAGGAAAAUGAGAUUCCCACCACUGUUUUUGUGAAGACUCCUCCUCCGUUCCCUCGGGAUGACAAUUUGGAGGAAGAUGAGCCGCCUGCACCAGGUGUCAGUGACAGUAAACAAGAAGCCACCUUCAAGACCAUUGACCUGUCUUCUGAUGAAGACGUCGGCCUGGAAGCUGACUUGGAGGAAGAGGACAUGUGGUCUCAAGAUCUAGAAAAUCUGGAACAGUCCAAAGCUGAGAAACUGAAGAGAUCCAGCAUGAAGAGGGUUGAUAGUCUGAAGAAGGCGUUCUCCAAGCAGAACAUUGAGAAAAAGAUGACCAAGAUUGGAACAAAGUUGGUUUCUGCAGAACAACGAGAGAAGAUCAAGCAGAAAACAGCCAGCCUGAAGUUUGGCAUAAGGAAGCCUCGCAGCAGCUCAGACUCUCAGCCUCCAGAGGCCUCUGCUAAGACCGAGGACUCACCCACUACUGAGGCUGACAUCCAGGUCUCCCCACCUGGCAGCAUCGAGCAGGAGGUCCCUUUCACUGAUGUUCAUGCUGAGCUGGUCCCAGCUGAGCAGCAAGAUGUGGUAAAGGAGGAGGAGGAGGAGAAGUUGGAGGAAAUGAAAGAUGAGACAAAGGAAGCUGUUAUUGAGGGUUCAGUAGUAGUAGAGGCAGAUAUGUCGGUGGUCUCUGAGGAGGUCAAUGAGGAGUAUGCUCUGUCCUCCACACUCCCUCAGGAGGAGAGAGGAGCAGAGGAGAAACACGAUGAAUCCUAAACCCUUAAGAAAUCCGACCAAGCAACGUCUUGACCUUUUAAAAAGGAGCCAAUCAGCAUUUUGAUUAACCAUUCCACUGAGUGUGGACCAGAAUCAGAAAAAAAGCUCCUACAGGUUUACUCCGUUGUGCUAAAUGUUAUUUUAAUGUUCCUUAGAGGUUCUUUGUGCAUUUACUCAAGGGUUUCCAUCAGUGUUUCCUUCAACGUUCCUCCAAUGUUCUGUCAAUGUUUUCUUCAGGGUUCCUGCUGUGUGUUGAUAGUUUCUCUCAAUGUUCCUCAAUGUCCUCCUAUGAGUUCUCUGCAUGUUCCUCCAAUGUUUUCCUCAUUGAGCCAAUAAUGUAACUUGUUCCUCUAGAGAUUGUCCAGAACAAAACUGUUUAAGAAACUAACACCCUGUAUCCUGUUUUUAUGACAAAAUAUAAGGUUAAUGUUUGGAAAAUCAUCUUGUUCAUGUCUCUGAUCUGAAACCUGAAUCCACGUGUUUUGGAACAGCACUCACAGCUGACUGGCCACAAGUACAGGAACCUCCCAAGUGACACAGAGCCACAUGAACGCCUGAAAACCAAAUGUUCCCUUCAGCAGACUAUAACUUUUGUGCCAUCUCACAUGAGGUUGUCUUGAGAUCUUAAACAUCUCAGAGAUGAAGAGACUAGUUCAUUUUUAGGUUGCAAGAAGGUUCUGUACAGUACAUUCAGCUGUUCCACUAAGGUUUAUCUAAUUUUUUGUUAGAUUUGAAUGUUUUUCCCAAAUUUCCAUUCAACGUCAAAAUUUUCACAUAAAUUAUCCUGAAUGUUAAACAACUUGACAAAGUUUGAUUUCAUCCUCUGUUGAUGUAUGUAGGUCCAACAUUCUCUAAGUUCUUGUGUGUCCCUUGAUGCCAUUUCAUUCAUACAAGUUUCCCCAGAAGUUCUAACAUUUCAAAGGGUUCUGUUACCAUCCAUAGAAUAGGUUAGUAGUUUUUGUGAUGGAUUCCAUGAGAUCCAACAUUCCACUGCAGUUUCUUAAACAUUCUCUGGAUGUUCUUCUAAUGCCCCACAGUUACAGAAAUCCUCAAGCAGUCCCCUUUCAUACCUAAUGUUCUCUAAUGCACAUCUUAGUUCUCCGAGUAUUCCCCUCAUGUUCUACCUAUGGUAUCUUUUACUAGCAUCCUAAUAUUUUAGACACACUCCCAAAUUUUCCGUAGAUUUUUCUGGAACAGUGUAACAAUGUUCUCCUGAGUCAGAACCCGUUCUGCACCUCUUCAGUGGCUUCACUUUUCCCAGGACUUGUGUUCUGGUCACUUGUUUAGUCUUGAUUGCUAUGAAACAAUCUUACAGAUUUAAAUUCAUUCAUCAGUCCAUGAGUCUUGUAGUCUCAAGACUAACAUCUUGUCUGUUGACCUGCCUGUUUGCCAUUUAGUAACAGAUCAAACUGAUCAGCAGAACAGAUUGAUAUAUGUUUAAAUCAGUUUCUUGAUUGAAACUUUGCUGCCAAAGAUUUUUUCCACAGUUGUAUCCUGUUGAUCCCCGUAUAAGCAAUAAAACUU